AUGAGGGUCAUUGCAGAGAGCCAUAUACUAAUGAGGGGGGAUGGAGGUGUAGUGGACCUCUUGGAUGAGAGAGCAGUGCGAGCAUUCGGAGAGAACCUGUCCCACUCUGAAAACCAAAACGGAUCAGCUCAUCUCCUGUGUGAAACCUUGGUGGGUCCUGACCCUGAGUCACCGAGUGACAAGGUUAGCUCCAACAACAACAACCACCGCCGCCAUCCCGGCACCAGCAUCUCAAAGAGUUGUAAGACCAAUCCAGAAGCCAGUCUGGUGAAACAGCCUGAGGGCCUGCUCCAGGCACCGCCUCCCGCCAUCACCAUUUCCACCAAACCUCCGCUCUCUCUUGAGCGCAGCUUCUCAGCGGAGGAGGACCAGCUGAAGGGUGUGGAGUGCACCCUGCAGCCUGCCCGCGUCUACACCAUCACUCCCCAGCACGGUAUGCUGAUGAGCAGUGGUCGGGGCAGUAAGGAGAGCUUAGAACUGGACGUCCUAAAGGAGAAGCCAGGGAGUGGUGGGUCCCCCCAGGCGAGCAGCAGCAGCAGCAGCAGCAGCCGUGGGACCAGCAGCAGUGGGAGCAGCCAUCACCACAGCAACCACUACCACGGGCUGCACCACCACCACCCAGUCUCGGGCACCAGUGUGCCUUCCACCAGUGGAGGAAGUGGAAGCAGCAGUAGCAACCAGCAGCAGUCUCUAAACACCGGAGGAUCCCACUCCCAUCAUGCAUCACAACACCCCCAUCACCAUCAUCACCUUUCACAACCUCUGCUGCAGACCUCCGUCAGUGCCCACAACAUCCGCAGCUGGGGCGAGAGCAGUAAAGGGGAGGGGGAGUGCAGUGGCCUGGCCUGUGACUCCUGCAGCAGCGUCCCCUCACGGAGCCAGGGCUCUCUGGACCUGGAGAGUGCGCCGCGGGAGGCAGGCAAGCAUCACAGACGCCUAGAGCGGAUGUGGAGUGUGGACCGGGUGACUGGGCUGGAGAGAGAGGAGACCAACUGGUUCCCCAAGGAAAAUAUGUUCUCCUUUCAAACUGCCACCACCACCAUGCAGGCGAUUUCGAACUUCCGGAAGCAUCUACGGAUGGUGGGCAGCAGAAGGAUGAAAGCACAGACAUUUGCUGAGCGUAGAUCCAAGAGUUUCAGCCGUUCCUGGAGUGACCCCACCCCUGUCAAGACUGACCCUCCUCAUGAAUCUAAAGACAGCGGUGACCUGCAGACCUCCUGUGGAACUUUGGAUGAAGGAGGCCUUCGUGAAACACUGGACUGGGAGGAGGAGAGAGAGAUGGAGCGACUCGCCUGCGAAGGAGAUGAUUUUAUACCUCCUAAAAUUAUGCUGAUCUCCUCUAAGGUCCCUAAGGCAGAGUAUGUUCCCACCAUAAUCCGCAGGGAUGACCCCUCCAUCAUCCCCAUCCUCUAUGACCAUGAACAUGCUACAUUUGAUGAUAUUUUAGAGGAAAUAGAGAAGAAGCUCACAGCCUACAGACGAGGAAGCAAGUUCUGGAGGAUGCUCAUCUUCUGUCAGGGAGGCCCCGGUCACCUGUAUUUACUGAAGAACAAAGUGGCGACGUUCGCAAAAGUUGAGAAGGAAGAAGACAUGAGCCAGUUCUGGAAGAGGCUCAGUCGCUUUAUGAGUAAAGUCAACCCAGAACCAAACCUCAUCCACAUAAUGGGAUGUUAUGUCCUUGGCAACCCUAACGGAGAAAAGCUGUUCCAGAAACUGAAGAAUCUGAUGAGGCCUUAUUCUGUGGAGUUCGAGUCACCGCUGGAGCUGUCAGCACAGGGCAAAGAGAUGAUUGAGAUGUACUUUGACUUCCGUCUCUAUCGCCUGUGGAAGACACGCCAGCAUUCCAAACUCUUGGACUAUGAGGAUUUUUUGUGACAGCAGGAUAAAGUGAGUGCAGCAGACAAGCUUCAGUGCCACGAGUAAACAUGUCACAGCUGAACCACUGACUCAACGUCGCUCGACUCUAGUGCUCCAUCCAUUGGCUCAGUAUAAAACCACCGUCAUACCUGCUUUUAUCCAGGAGGGGGCGUCCAGCCAGAAAGGAAAGGAAGGAACCUAAAUUGUCCGGUGCCUCUUUUUCUUGUCAUUUCCAGAGUUCAGACUUUCAAAAAGGCCUAAACUAUGAAGGAAAAAUGUGGGGGGAAAAAAUAAUAUUUUCAUCAGCUUUGUGUGUCUCAAGUGUGGACGUGAUCAAACAUGUACAAAAA